AUAAGCUUUCACAAUUCAAAUCAGCCGUGUGCUGGGAAAUGGGUUCCCGGACUUCCCCAAAGCUUAUUUAUUGCACCUCUGACAGAUAUUAAACAGGCACCAGUGCUCCUCUGGCUGCUCUUAACUGGGAACCACAUCAGCCCUAGAGCCAAUCAAUGGAGUCGUGAGUGGGAAGGUGCCCUGCACAGAGGAGACUGACCCCCUAUUUGAGGCUUCUGGGGUCCCAAGUGGUCACGAGAGAAAGAGCUUUCAGCUGAAAAGUUGGAGAUUUAGAAGAAUCGACUUGUCUGAUUCCAGUAUGUACUAAGUUCUGUUGGCACCGAAGGUGAAGCUUUUUGGGGAGGCGACGCAACGAUGGAGUACUGGCGAAUAUUCUUGCUGACACUACUGAUGUCUCUGGUUCUGCCGGCCAUAGAGGGAAGUCUCCUGUCCAAACAGCGCAUGAAAGGCAGGUUUCAAAGGGACCGAAAAAAUAUCCGGCCGAAUAUCAUCCUCGUCCUGACAGACGACCAAGAUGUGGAACUUGGCUCCAUGCAGGUGAUGAAUAAAACCAAGCGGAUCAUGGAGCAAGGAGGCACCCACUUCAGCAAUGCGUUUGUAACCACUCCAAUGUGCUGCCCAUCUCGCUCCUCUAUCCUCACCGGGAAGUACGUCCAUAACCACAACACCUACACCAACAACGAAAACUGCUCCUCCCCCUCCUGGCAGGCCCAACAUGAAACACAUACCUUCUCCGUGUAUCUUAAUAACACCGGUUAUAGAACAGCUUUCUUUGGCAAAUACCUUAACGAAUAUAACGGCACCUAUGUCCCCCCGGGCUGGAAAGAGUGGGUCGGACUGGUGAAAAAUUCACGUUUUUACAACUACACCCUCUGCCGCAACGGAAUUAAGGAGAAACAUGGCUUUGACUACGCCCAGGAUUAUCUGACGGAUCUCAUCACAAACGACAGCAUCAGCUUCUUCCGGAUGUCCAAGAAAAUCUAUCCUCACCGGCCUGUCCUGAUGGUGUUGAGUCACGCGGCGCCGCAUGGUCCGGAAGAUUCUGCCCCUCAGUAUUCCCAGAUGUUUCAGAACGCUUCCCAGCACAUUACCCCAAGUUAUAACUACGCCCCAAACCCAGACAAGCACUGGAUAAUGCGAUACACUGGUCCUAUGAAACCGAUCCAUAUGGAAUUCACCAACAUGCUACAGCGGAGACGGCUCCAAACGCUGAUGUCUGUGGACAACUCCAUGGAGAUGAUUUACAACAUGCUGGUGGAAACCGGGGAACUGGAAAACACCUACGUCAUUUACACCGCUGACCACGGCUAUCACAUCGGCCAGUUUGGAUUGGUCAAAGGAAAAUCGAUGCCUUACGAAUUCGACAUCAGAGUCCCCUUCUACAUCCGGGGACCAAAUGUGGAGGCCGGUUCUCUGAAUCCGCACAUUGUACUGAACAUUGAUCUGGCGCCCACAAUCCUAGACAUUGCCGGCCUGGACAUUCCACCAGAAAUGGAUGGCAAAUCUAUUCUGAAACUGUUGGAUACAGAGAGACCUGUCAAUAGGUUUCACGUUCACAAGAAAGUCAAGGUUUGGAGAGAUUCAUUCCUGGUGGAAAGGGGCAAACUGCUGCACAAGAGGGACAAUGACAAGGUGGAUGCCCAGGAAGAGAAUUUUCUGCCCAAAUACCAACGAGUGAAAGAUCUGUGCCAGCGGGAGGAGUACCAGACGGCUUGUGAACAACUGGGCCAGAAAUGGCAGUGUGUGGAGGAUCCGUCCGGCAAACUGCGCCUCCAUAAGUGCAAAGGAAUGGGGGGUCUGGCAGCAACAACGAGUAUCAUCAGCAAAUCCCCCAACCUCAUGUCCAACUACUACAGCAGCGACGAGUGCAACUGCAACUCUCUCAGCUACAAACUGACCCCCCUGGGGCGACGCAAGAAACUUCUGACCAAGAAAAAAUACAAGGCGAGUUACCAAAGGAACCGCUCCACACGCUCGGUUUCCAUUGAUUUGGAUGGGAAAGUGUUUAACUUGGGCAUCGAGCAGGAGUACCAGCCAAUCAUGAGGAAUGUUACUAAGAGGCACAUGUCGGGCCUAGAUGAGGAGGAGGAGGAGAAGGAUAUGGAAGAUUACAGUGGAACAGGAGGACUGACCAAUGAUCUGAUCGUACCCAGUUCCAUUAAAGUAACACACCGGUGCUUCAUUCUGGCCAAUGAUACGGUGCAGUGCGACAUGGAUCUGUACAAAUCUCUGCAGGCCUGGAAGGAUCACAAGCUUCACAUCGACCAUGAGAUUGAAACAUUACAAAGCAAAAUUAAGAACCUGAGAGGAGUGAGAGGUCACCUGAAGAAGAAGAGGCCGGAGGAGUGUGACUGUAGCAAACUCAGUUACUUCAAAAAUGGAAAAAUGAAGCUCAAGGGAACAAUGAUGCACCCGUUCAAGAAAUCCCUGAAGGAAAAGGACAAGGUUUGGUUGCUGCGGGAGCAGAGACAUAAAAAGAAGCUGCGGAAACUGCUGAAGAGACUGAGGAAUAAUGACACUUGCAGCAUGCCCGGCCUCACCUGCUUCACUCAUGAUAAUCAGCACUGGCAGACGGCCCCAUUCUGGACAUUGGGACCGUUCUGUGCCUGCACCAGCGCCAAUAACAACACCUACUGGUGCCUGAGGACCAUAAACGAAACGCACAACUUCCUGUUCUGUGAGUUUGCCACCGGCUUCCUGGAGUAUUUCGACCUGAACACUGACCCAUAUCAGUUGAUCAAUGCAGUGAACACAUUGGAGCGAGAUGUUCUGAAUCAGUUGCACGUGCAGCUCAUGGAGUUGAGAAGCUGUAAAGGUUACAGGCAGUGCAACCCCAGGACCCGCAGCUUGGAUCUUGGAUUCAAAGAUGGCAGUUUUGAGCAAUACAGGCAACUGCAGCGGCGAAAAUUCCCCAAAAUGAAGAGACCUUCGUCUAAAUCCCUAGGCCAGUUAUGGGAUGGAUGGGAAGGCUAACGCCCCCAGCAGGAGAUAUGACAAAGAUUUUAACUGUUUGUACAAACCUGAAGACUGACCCUCGGGACUGUGGGUGAGCCGUUACGUUUUGAGGAGGACUGGAUGAACUUAUGGGUUAGAUAGUCUGGCCUGUUAUGUGUUUAUUAGAGACGACUCAUGGGAGAUGAGGAGCCAGUUCCUCUGUGAUUAUCCUCGGCUAAAAAGCUGCUUUUUUUAAAAAAAAAAUUUGCAACACUCCCGCUGCUGGUGACAACAUCCUUCCUUCCAAACCAACCGCCAUAAGAGACCCCAUGUUUGUGCUUCAGCUUCCAAGUAAAGGCCACAACAAGACUUGCACUGGGAUCAACCUUACGCCGGUUAUUUAAGAGGACGGAAUAUACAGAAAUACAACAGUUCAAAGGCCCUCACCCAGGCCAAGAUUUACGAACGAAGACGUACUGUAAAUAUAAAGCGGCGGCCAAAAGCCCGACGGACCACAUGUAGACGGACAUUCAUUGUGAAAUCAUGGGAGCAGUGAAACUCUCAGUAAGAAAGUGUUACUUACUUGUUGCAUAAUAAAAAAAAAUUCAUAACUGAUCGACUUUAA